AUGGCAACUACCAUUUCCUACGGCGAAAAAAACUUUGGAUUACAGGCAGGGGUGAUAAACGGCAACAUCGGAAAUGUCACAAUUUUACAAUCCGAAACACUGGAUCAAGCAUGCCUUCGCGACUUGCGUGUGACCGACCCUGUCGAUGAUAAAGAACGGAUCAAGAAUACCAAGGGUGGGCUACUAAAAGACUCAUAUCGCUGGAUUCUAGACAAUAAAGAAUUCAAACAAUGGCAAGACAGCGAGCGAAAUCGCCUUCUCUGGAUCAGGGGUGAUCCUGGUAAAGGCAAGACGAUGCUCCUAUGUGGUGUCAUUGAGGAGUUGACAAGGUUGUAUAGGGAUAAUGCGAGCAUCUCAUUCUUUUUCUGUCAGGCUACCGACAUGCGGAUCAACAGCGCUACGUCUGUCCUGAGGGGGUUGAUAUAUUUACUUGUCAAGAAUCAUCCAUCUCUUCUCCACCACGUGCGAGCUCGGUACGACUCUGCAGGAAAGACUCUCGAUUUGGUUGAGUAUUACUUCGUCGGCAUGGCGUCGCCCUUAGAGAUCCUUGGGGUGUCGCCAGCACGGAUAGUAGAGAUUCGCUCGGUUGAAACCGUGGCGAGAGAGGACCUGAUUGUCGAUGCCAACACAUAUUGA